CUCCACUUCCGGUGCUGAUUUACUUCACUUCCGCUUCCAGAGCUGAGCAGCCACGUGGCUAAAACGUCAGUGAUAAGUCCGCCCAGUGAUUGGACGGAGUCUGUAGUGAGGAGACAAGUGUUUCCAGUUGGAAAGCAGCGAUCAGAUGUUCUGUUUCGGAUCACCAAGAUGGAGCCUUCCUAUGGGCAGAAUGAACUGGAGCCGGCAGAAUAUCCUGCAGACUGGAGUGCAGUGGAAGAGAAACCCGACGUAACCAGGAUCCCCAACCUUUUUUACCUGUGAGCCACGUUUAAAUGUAAAAAGAGUUGGGGAGCAACACAAGCAAUAACAAGUCUAUGAGGAUGUCAAAUAAGGGCUGUGAUUGGCUGUUUGGUAGCUUCUAUAUGGACUGCAAACCCAUAGGAGGUUCUGUUUGGCAGUACACUUGUUUUUUAUGCACCAAAACUUUGCCUGGAAGCCUGGAAUUCAAGAAUAAUCACCUGCUUUGAGGCCACUGGGAGCAACAUCCAAGGGGUUGGGGAGCAACAUGUUACUCACAAGCUACUGGUUGGGGAUCACUGCUCUAAGUGAAAAGGAGGAAGCAGAGCAUCCGACCAAUGACUGGGAGACUUAUGAGGACUUCUCUGAUGGGUGGAAGCCCUUUGAGUUGCAGCAGGGAAAGAUGGACAAAGAGAAUUUGUUCCUGGGGUUUGAAAUGGUGAAGAAUACAAAGCAUCUACAUCAUCUCUUGUCCAAACCAGUAAAUCAUGUGGUUCAGGCAAUUCCAAAGAAGAACACAGCAAACCAAGGCUUUACAUCUCAGAAUAACGUACGUUUUCCAUGCUCCUUGCCUAGUGGCGGCCAUGAUGGAAGGCUACCUGAACAGAGUUCUCCCCGGCUGCAGCCAGUUCUCAGCAGAAGGCACUGCCUGUGUAACGUAUGUGGAAAGAGCUUUAUGUGGCUGUCGGCUCUGAAUAUAGACAAGCGGAUACACUGGGGAGAGACCUUACAAGUGCAGCACCUGUGGCCGAGGCUUUAGUCAAAAGACAAACCUCACAAGGCACCAAAGGAACAACACUGGGGAGAAACCAUAUGGGUGCACUGUAUGUGGAAAGAGCUUUACACAGAAACAACACUUGUCCAAACAUGAAAAGACUCAUGAACAGGUUCAGAAUUACCAAUGCACCGUGGGAAAAGCUUCUUUAAUCGCCAACAGUUAGCGAAACAUCAAAAAAUCCACAAGGACCCAAAGAUUUUCUUGUGUAAAGAAUGCGGCAUGAGCUUCCCGCUGAAGUCCAGUCUGAAAAUGCACCAAAAGAUGCACAAGAAGGAGCACGUUCUGAUGGCUUUUGAACGGAAAAAGUCUGUGAAAGAAAAAAUGCUGGAUAAGUUUCAAACCCGAGUGAAGUUGGAGCGUGAUAGUCCAGGUCCACCUAAAAGGUGCGAGACGGCUUUCAGCUGGAGAUCAGUAGGACCUCCAAAAAUUCAUCCGCGAGAGAGAAGGUUUAUAUGUAAUGAGUGUGGAAAGAGCUUUAGCUGGUGGUCCUCUCUUCUGAUGCACAUGCGAAUGCACACUGGAGAGAAAACAUAUAAGUGCAAUGAGUGUGGGAAGGGUUUCAGAGGCUUCCAUUCGCUCACAAUCCACCAAAGAACUCACACGGGUGAGCUCCCCUAUAGAUGUAUGCAGUGUGGCAAAAGCUUUAGUCAUAGACCCAACCUGGUGCGACACCAGAGGAAACACACUAGGGAGAAACCCUAUGUCUGCCUGCAUUGCGCUAAGGGUUUCACGCAGAAACGGCACAAGACAAAACAUCUCCAAAUCCAUUCAGCAGAGAAGUGCAAAGAGUGUGGGGUGAUCUACAUGGUGACACUUUCCCAGCACAGGGUGGUCCAUGUUAAAGAACAGGUGUGUAGCUGUACUGUGUGUGGGAAGAACUUUAUCUGGCUACCUAAAAAGACCAAGCCACAGAAAUGUCCAGUUAAACGCAAACCGAAGAAAUGCCCGUAGUGUGAGAAGGUUUGUAAAAGCUGCGUAAAUAAGAAGCUUUCACAGGGGAGGGCAGCUAAAAAUCAGGCUUUAUCCAUAAAUAAAGAGAAAGUUGGACCUUUACAAAAGCAAAUCAAAGUGAAACCAUUUCACUGCGAUCUGUGUGGGAAAAGCUUUGGCUGGUGGUUGGCCUUCAACAUUCACCAGAGGAGACACACAGGGGAGAAACCCUAUGCCUGCAUGGAGUGUGGCAAAAACUUCACAUGGUGGUCUGCUGUCAUUAUCCAUCAGCGCACCCACACUGGGGAGAGGCCGUUCAAAUGUCAGUCCUGCGACAAAGCUACAGCCAGAAACCCAACCUCGCCCGACACUUGCGGAGGCACACAGGGGAAACACCAUAUUGGUGUAACGAGUGCGGGAAGAGAUUCACCCAAAAGCAACAUUUGUCCAAACACCAAAAUACUCACAGCCGAGGACCAGAUCUCAGGAGGGGGCAGCGAGAUAGAAAAAAGAUAACUGCAAGGACAGAUUUUCCAAGACAUGUGGUAGAUUCUGAGAAUCUGUACAAUGCUCUACCCGCAGUGGGCUACAGUGAACCCUUAAUGUGCCUGCCCAGUGAAUCCCAUGCACUUCCCAAACUAUUCUAUCACACUAAACGGCCUUCUUAUAGUUUUAGAUUGUUACAGUGUGUGACACAUAUAAGUGCCAGUUCCCAGUUCAGCUGUUAAUCAGGUGCUCCUGGAGGGAUUCUUUCUAAUAGAUAGAAAACAAACUAUACUGAAAAGCAAGUAAUAUAUAGCAGAGCAUAACCAGUCCUUAUAUAAUAGCUAUACAGCCGGCUGGAUCCAUACAUCACACCUUGCGCUUCCCCUUGCUCCGUACCUGUGUCAUGUGCCUGAGGCUUCCCAGAAUCCUUUGCAAAGAGAGAGGCAAUUGAACUCCAAAAUAAUCUCAGGAACUUUGUAGCAAUUUGCAGAAUUUUGUGGUAAAAUAUAAAAGCGGCUGCAGCAGCA